CCCAAGAGCGGUGGUUUUGUGGUUUUGCAAGAUCUGACAUUGACACGAAGGUAAGAACAGGUCCAAAAUGACAAGCGGGUGACAUCAGACAUCGCUGCGGUCAGAGGCUGUUGAAUCGACUGCACUGGGAUUUCGUGGGCCGAUUGACACGUUGCGUUUUCACGGAUUCUUCUGCAUCGGCAGGUUUCAGGCUUGUCAACAUUAUCAGGAGCCUGGUGUGCCCAUUGCAGAAGGCCGUGCCAUGGCCGCCGGCGGCUGUUCCCUGGACCCGGAGCUGGUCCGGGAGGUGCUGGAGUGCCCCAUCUGCCUGGAAACCUACAACCAGGAGCAGCUGCGGCCCAAGCUUCUUCAGUGCGGCCACACGGUGUGCCGGCAGUGCCUGGAGAAGCUCCUGGCCAGCACCAUCAACGGCGUCCGCUGUCCCUUCUGCAGCAAGGUGUCGCGCAUGAGCAGCAUCUCCCAGCUGGCCGACAACCUGACGGUGCUGAAGAUCGUGGACUGCGCCAGCUCCAGCGCCUCCGCCCAGGGCCUGCUGUGCCGGGCGUGCCGGAGCCGGCUGCCCCGGCGGUUCUGCCGCGACUGCGGCCUGGCGCUGUGCGACGGCUGCGCGGGCGAGGCCCACCAGCAGCUGGGCCACGGCGUGCAGAGCGUGCGGGCGGCCGCCGAGCGCCGGCGCCACGAGCUGGGCGGGAGGCUGGCCGCGCUGCGCGACACCGCCGCCUGCAUCCGCAAGAAGAAGGCGGCCAUCGACGGCGCCGCCAAGGCCCUGCGGCUCAAGUACAAGGCGGCGCAGCAGGAGUACGCCCGGGCGGAGCUGCGGCUGCAGGAGGAGCUGGGCCGCUCCCGCCGCGCCUUCGCCGCCUCCCUGGCCGAGGUGGAGAAGCUGAACGCCCGCGUCCUGGAGGAGCAGACCUACCUGCUGAACAUGGCCGAGGUGCGGGCCGUGUCGCGCUGCGACUACCUGACGGCGCGCGUGCAGCAGCCCGACCUGGCGCUGCUGGAGGACAGCGGGAGCGGCGACGAGGACGAGCCCGACCUGCGGGGAGGCCUCCCGGCCCUGCUGGAGCUCCAGGACCCCCAGCUGGAGAAGACGGAGCAGGACAAGCCCCUGGAGGUGGGCCGGCUCAGCACCAAGCCCCGCACCGUCAACACGGACGAGGAGGGCGCGGAGGAGCUGGCGGGCGAGGCGGGGGAGGCGGCCGCGGUGCCUCUGGACCUGUACCGGGACGUCGACAUGGUGGCCGAUGAGGAGGCCGUCUGCGCCUCGCCCGGGAGCUUCAAGUCUAAAUCGGUGGACGAGGGCGGAGCCACGGGCGGGACCUCUGGUGCGACGGGGUCCCAGCUCUGCCAGUUCGUGAAGAAGAUGGGCUUCAAGGGCAACCUCCCGGGCAUGUUCAACCUGCCCGUUAGCAUCUGCGUCACGCCCCAGGGCGAGGUGCUGGUAGCCGACCGCGGAAACUACCGGAUCCAGAUCUUCAACCGCAAGGGCUUCCAGAGGGAGAUCCGCCGGAACCCCAGCAGCAUCGACAACUUCGUCCUGAGCUUCCUGGGCGCCGACCUGCCCAACCUCAUCCCGCUGUCCAUCGCCAUCACUGCGCAAGGCCUCAUCGGAGUCACCGACAACUACGACAACUCGGUCAAGGUGUACACCUCCGACGGCCACUGCGUGGCCUGCCACAAGAACCAGCUGGUGAAGCCCUGGGGCAUCGCCGCCAUGCCCUCGGGGCAGUUUGUGGUGUCGGACGUGGAGGGGGGCAAGCUCUGGUGCCUGGCGGUGGACCGCAGCAUGGGGGUGGUGAACUACAGCCGGCUCUGCUCGGCCGUGCGGCCCAAGUUCGUGACCUGCGACCCCUCAGGGACGGUGUACUUCACGCAGGGCCUGGGCCUGAACAUCGAGAACCGCCACAACGAGCACCACCUGGAGGGCGGCUUCUCCAUCGGCUCGGUGGGGGCCGACGGCCAGAUGGGCCGGCAGCUCAGCCACUUCUUCUCGGAGAGCGAGGACUUCCGCUGCAUCACGGGCAUGUGCGUGGACGGCAACGGCGACCUGCUGGUGACGGACAGUGGCCGCAAGGAGAUCCUCCGCUUCCCCAAGGGCGGAGGCUUCAGCGUCCUGAUCCACGAGGGCCUCACCUGCCCUGUGGGCGUGGCCGUCACCCAGAAGGGCCAGCUGCUGGUCCUGGACUGCUGGGACCACUGCGUCAAGGUGUACUCGUACCUGCAGCGCAGACGCUCUUCCACGUGCUAACGUGCUAAACGUGCUACAGCACGCGAGGGAGGGUUGGGUGUGGGGGAGGUGGUUUACUGCUGGUCCUGGACUGCUGGGACCACUGCGUCAAGGUGUACCCGUACCUGCAGCGCAGACGCUCUUCCCACGUGCUAACGUGCUAAUCGUGCUACAGCACGAGGGAGGGUUGGGUGUGUUGUCUCCGGGUUUCCUAGGGAGGUUGCGCAGGCGUGUCCCUUCAACAUUUGUCACCUCUCCGUGGUUGCGUUCCAAACUGCUCCCGCUCUCUCCCUGCUGCUGGAGCUCCUGCUGAUCCCCAACCAGGGCCCUGUGUGCUGGCGUGUCAGCCCAUGGCCUCGUCGGCUGAUCUGGGAUCAGUCGGUAGAGAGCGGGCUGCAGUAGUUUGCAAUGCAACCAGCGUCUGACUAUCGGGCCGGCCUCUGUUGUUUAUUAUAUUUGUAUAACAACACAACAGAGAGCAAUAAUGUAGCCAUUGUUUUCAUUUUCUUUGGGGAGGGGAGGUAAUUAUGUUGGUCAGUAAUUCAGUAUUCACAACUCUGCACUGUAUCAGUAAUGUGAAUUAUGAUCAUAAUGAAGUAAUUACACUGGGGAAAAUAAACACGCACCAGUAACAAAAAAAAAAAGCCAUUUACUAUGCUACCAAAAGGAAAUGCUCGUACCUGAAACCUAAUUUAAUUCAGGUGGGUGAGUUUUACCCCCCAGUACUGUGGACCCCCCGCUCUGUGUCCAGUGAUGCGUUUCUUAUGUCAGUGUCUUACGUAAGGUCUCCUUAUGACUCCGCUUCAGUGUCAGUAGCCAAGUUUUUGUGGACUACAUGUUUCACCCCCUCCCCUAUCUUCGCGAGGUGACUUCUUCCACAAAGAUGAUUUUAUUGAACCAAUCAAGUACUGUGUACGAUUCAGAGACAUUCAGCCAAUGAGAGUUCUUGAAGGAUGGCACACAGUUUCGACAGUGCUUUUGGCUAUUAGGAAGAAAAAAAAAAAGUGUGAUGUUUUCUGUAUUUUAUUUGUAAGUCACAUUUGUCGGGCCUUGCAGUUAUCAUGUCUUUUGUUGGGGGGCGUGCCUGGGAAUCCAGACCGAUUUGGACAGUUCACUGAACUGAUGGUUGGAUAAACUCUGAUUGGUCACUGCCUCACCCCACUGCACACAUGGAUCACAUGGAAGGCCGCUUGUGACUUCGCAUAGCUAUCCGACCAUCUGGAAAUAUCACGAGUGAAAACCCUGCUGAGGAAAAAAGCGCUUUGCUGUCAAGAGCCGUCACAAAAAUCUGAGAACAAACAGCUGACGGGACUCCAUAUCUGCUGUCAGACAACAAGAGUCACUGAUAUCUUCAUGUUUUCGUCUUUGAAUUUUUUUUUUUUUUUUUUUUUUCACAUACUUCAGUUAGGGAUAUGUUUUCACCCCUUGGCUUGCCAAUCACAAGAGUGCUCUCAAGCCCUCUUGCAGAAGUACUUACUGAAGAUGCUCGGAGGUAAUGCUCCUCAGAAUGACACUUUAAGCCCUUAAAGAACUGGCAAACAUAAGGUGCAAGAAAGUGCAAGUGUCCUUGUUCAAUUUGACAAACCACACAUCUGUUGCUUCUCUACUCAGAAAGGUCAAGUUAAUGUUUACUCAGAAAUUAUGUGGAGAGGUUUGUGUUUGAGAGAUGCAUUUUCUUUUUGAAGAUUUAAUGACUUCCUUUCAUAAAGAACUCUGGGUUCAUCAGGGAUGUGCUGAUAUAUUUACCGAUAAACCCACCAAGAACUCCAGCUGGCGAGCUCUCAUCAAUUGAUACAAUGACUUACCGUUUUUGCUUUUUGGUGUUUGUUAUCUGUGUACAGUGAGUCUCGGUUACCCGUUUGUAAUGUUCAUUAUCUUAAUGAGUGCAAUAAACCAAAGUUAAAGGUUUAA